GAUGACGUAGGGACCUGUGACAGGGGUGAUCUGAACCGGCAUCUUCUCCGAGGUCAGACUGAGGAGUCCGGCCGACUAGAGUGUUCCUUCACAGUAGCAGCGACAUCACGCCUGCACCUAUUUAAAUCUAUCACUCUGUAGUUCUCCGGCUGGUCUCCACUUUGUUCCAAUGGCGGCAAUCUGCUCGAGCCGCCUCACCGGUUUGGGCGCGCGCUCACUCAGCGACGUCGUCGGGCUCGCGACAUUCCAGGGGCUCCGGGGCUGCAGGUCGCGAGCGCAUCGUCACCCAAUCAGACACCUGUCUUCCUGUGGCAUCCUCAUGACCAGAGCUUCAAGAGUAAUCCUUCAAAACAUCAGCGACCCUUGUGUUCUGCAUUGUCGAGGAUUCCUGGGCUUUACUGGGCCGCUGACCAACAAAAGGAAAGAAUACUCAGAGCGCAGAAUCAUUGGGUACUCCAUGCAGGAGAUGUACGAGGUUGUCUCCAAUGUAGAAGAGUACAAGCAGUUUGUGCCGUGGUGUAAAAAGUCCACUGUUAUCUCAAAACGCACAGGGUAUGCCAAAGCACAGUUGGAAGUUGGCUUUCCUCCGAUUAUGGAGAGAUAUACCUCCAUCCUCACACUCGUGCGCCCACACCUUGUUAAGGCUGUUUGUACUGAUGGACGUCUCUUUAAUCACCUGGAGACAAGUUGGCGCUUUAGCCCUGGAAUCCCUGGAUAUCCUCGCACCUGCACUGUAGAUUUCUCGAUAUCCUUUGAGUUUCGCUCCCUUUUGCAUUCCCAGCUUGCUACGGUUUUCUUUGAUGAGGUGGUGAAGCAAAUGGUUGCUGCGUUUGAGAGACGAGCAGGAAAGACCUUUGGACCGGAGACCCCGAUCCCUCGUGAGCUCAUGUUUCAUGAAAUACACCAGACGUGAUGGCCAGUUCAGUGCUGCAUGGUACAGGGACAGGCCGCAAAAGAACAUAAGUGCAAACAAACCCAGAAGUCCACACAGCCAGUAUGGAACAUGUACCUCCACAGCUUUGUGCACUCACUGGGACUUUUUUUUUUUUUUAAAGAAAUAUUUAUUUAAUUUCACAACUGAUUGUGCUGGAAUAUAUAUACGUCAUCAAUAUCCUCCAGUGACACAGGGCAUACGUUGGCAUGCUUCAUCGUAGCACAGCUGGUGCCUCCUGCGUGGCCGGAGCCACUUUUUAUGAGUGUUAUUUUUUUUUUAUUAUGUUUUUUUCUUAGGUGUAGGCCAUACUGAAUGUUGAGGAAAAGAGGGAAUUUUGUGGCCAUUCUCAUAUUGCAUGAUAGAGGACUGCUUUAUGGAGCACUGAGAGAGAGAGGGCUGUGCUUGGACCUUCUUACUAAUUUUAGCCCCUGUUUUUAAAGUGCUAUAAUUUUGUUUAUUUCUAGUCGCCUAUUUAGAUGUUUUCCUCCUCCUUUAUUGGUUUCUUGACAGAAAGAUGUUAGCAUGUCGGUCAGACCAAACUGAACUUGCAAGUAUGCAGUGAUAAGUCUUUCAGAUUGAAUGAGGUACUGGUAUAUGCCAAUAAAUUGUACCAUCUCCAUAGUCUAGGUACUUUCCAGAUAAAUAAUAGGUGCUGGUAUAGUGUAUUGUCUUAUUUUCUCGAUGCUUGUAGUUAGACAAGGUGUUGUGGAUAAACUCUUAGGGGGCCAGAUACAAAUCUGGAGUUGUGCUAAGAUACAGAGGAGUGAGUCUUUCCCGUAGGCUGAACACAUAAUAUAAUUAAAGGAGAAAGAUCCACUAUUACGAUGAAAAAUUCUAAUGAGUCGUUCCUCUGGAUCCUUGACAUUGCGCUAUUUUCUGGCUUUUGUAUGUGAAAAUCUUCAAAAUGAGAUCUGGCCUGUGUUUAUCUCAAAACGCCAGACCUGUUCUAAUAUCGUAAAUUACAAAAAAAGGAUGGCAAUCCUUUUAUAUUCUUAGUGAAAUAGUAUAUACUAAAGGCAUUUACACGUGCCAAAAUAGAUAUCGUACUAACGAGCACUCGGAUCCUUUAUGAGAAGAAAUGGAAUUCAAAGUUGUUAGAUGUAAAACUGUUUACAGACAAUGAAGUGCAAUACUGCCCCAUCCUUUUAUACUGCUGCUGUAUGACUUGCCAAUAGAUCACAAAAUGAAAAGAACUGAGUGUAAGUAAUGAUAUGGUCCCAGGGAACAUUAAGCCCCUCUUGCCACAUUGCAAAAAUCAUAUGGCAUCAAAGUGUGUAUCUUGUUUAAAGCAUUUGCUACAAAGUAUAAGCUGCAUCUUCUGUUGCCUUCUUACAGAUGGAAGGAGAGUCAGGGACCACUUUUCAAUAAACCCUUUUGCGGUGGGAAUACAGUAAGGAGGCCAACCAACCUAUCUCCUUAAAAACAUGUCUCUCUACCUCCUGCCUACAUAACAGUGCAGUUCUUUUCCUUUUUCAGCUUUAUCAAUGCAAUGUUUUUGUUGUGCUAAAACAGAGCUGUAAAAACAAACCAACAUGAAACAGGGACACCUAAUUAUCAAUAAACAAUUUGUAAAGGUGCAAA